GCACAUUUAGUGACUGCAGCGCUGCAAAAAUGGUGCUAAAAAUCUUCCUGUUUUUCAAAAACAAAAUAAUUGGAUUCUAAUUUUUUUAUGGUCUUUUUUUGUAAAGGAAGUCUCCAACCUGAACUACAAGACAAACUAAUAAGGGUUAUUGAUUUUGUCUCCAUGACAGUGAUGUCGCCCAGCCAUUUCAUCGAUGCCCCUCACACUACGAACGAUGCUGGAAAGUAACGAGCGCUUUUAUCCCGGUCAGGAUGACAAUGAUGAAGAGGACGGAACCGAGGAUGAGGAGCGAGUUGGAAAAACCCGAAAAGGGGAAGACGGACGGGAUGUCCGGAACGGACGGUUAGAAGACUGGAAGGCAAUGACGGGAGGGCGGCGCUCCUUGGAAGGCAAAGUCGGCGACCUGGCCGUCGUGGUAGGAGGGCAGAGAGUGGACCGCCUCGCUAGGCCGGGAAACCGGGUGCUGGCUUAUACAUCCGAUCAUCAACCGCCCAAUAAAGCGGGAUUAAAAGCGGUGCACAAGAGAAGAGCGCUGAUGGAGAGAAGCAUGACCACCAUGGCCCCGAUGGAGGACGCCUUUCUGACCACGAUGGUGUUUCGUGUUGGGAUUCCUGAUAUCAAACAAACAAAGUGCGUCCAGUUUGACCAAGACUGCACGGUGUGGAACGCCAAGCAGCAAAUCAUCUGCUCGCUCAGCGAGACCCUGUGGGACGUCUACAACUAUGGCCUCUUCCAGCCGGCCGGAGAAGGUCGCGACGCCAAAUUCUUGGAGGAGGAAAGGACUUUGCGAGAAUACUCGCAUUCCUUUGAGAAAGGUGUUCCUUACCUGGAGUUCCGAUACAAAACCCGAGUGUACAAACAAACAAAUCUGGACGAAAAGGCUCUUUCCAAACUCUGCACCAAGGCUAAUCUGAAGAAAUUCAUGGAUUACGUUCAGACUGGAGCGCAGGAAAAAAUGGUCAAACUCCUCGAUAAAGGCCUCGAUCCAAAUUUUCACGACCCGGAGAGCGGAGAAACCCCGUUAACUGUAGCCGCUCAGUCAGGACUAGCAGCGGAAGGCCUCAAAGCUCUGGUUCAAGGCGGAGCCCAUUUGGACUUUCGAAGCCGAGAUGGCCUGACUGCUUUGCACAAAGCAGUCCGGCUUCACAAUCACAGCGGCCUGUUGGCUCUGCUGUCGCUGGGAUGCUCGCCAAACUACAAAGACCGCAGUGGCCUGACCCCGCUGUACCACAGCGUGCUAACAGGGGGCGACACCUCCUGCUGCGAGACGCUGCUUUAUUACGGAGCCAAGCUGGGGACCAGGGAUGAGAACGGAUGGGAUGAGGCGCAUCAGCAUAGAGACGAAGAGGAGUUUGGAAUGGAAGAAAUACAUAAGGCUUGCCAGAAUGGUUUCGCUCAACAUUUGGAGCAUCUGCUGUUUUACGGAGCGGACGCAUCCUCUCGGAACGCCUCGGGGAAUACCGCACUUCACAUUUCGGCCCUGUACAACAAAGAAAGCUGUGUUCGGGUUCUUUUGUACAGGGGGGCAAACAGGGAAGCAAAAAACAAACAUGGUCAGACACCUUUUCAGCUGGCUGUCAUGUCGGGUCACUUUGAACUUGGGGAAAUAAUUAAAAAUCACCAAGAUUCAGAUAUAGUUCCUUUUUUGGAGUCGCCAAAAUACGUCCCCAAGAGAAGAGAAAGCGUCCAUACUCUGCCUCUUCCUUCACUCCAUCCUCACCCGUUACUCCGGGCUAACAGUGACAACACCAUGACAAAUUCUGAUCCAGUGGCGCUUCCUAACAAGGCUGCAACAUCUCCCAACCCAUCUCAGGGCCAGCGCAGGUCCUCGGUGGGCUUCCGCAGCUCCAGUAGCCCUCGCAACCGCACCCGUUCUCCGUCACGAGGAAGAGGAGGCCAGAGCGACACGGAGGAGCGGCACCGGCAGCCGCGAGGCAGGCAGGGGGCGACCCCUUCGGGCGGCGGGGGAGGUCAAAUGAAGCGAAUGUACAGCGCAGUGCCGGGGAGAGUGUACGUGGCCACGAGGGCGCACGUUGCCAGUGGAGAGAGGCAGCUGUCACUCAACAAAGGGGACAAAGUUAAAGUACUAAGUGUGGGAGAAGGAGGCUACUGGGAAGGAACGGUGAAAGGUCGCACUGGUUGGUUCCCCGCUGACUGCGUGGAGGAAGUGGCACCUCCCAGCAAGGACAAUCGACCAGAGACGCGGACCGGAAAAUCCAAGAGGAAGCUUUUCCGGAACGUCACCGUCGGCGCCUAUGACAGCAACGACGGUCCCAGUGACUACAUCAUUAAGGAGAAGACAGCACUCCUACAAAAGAAAGACAACGAGGGAUUUGGCUUUGUGCUUCGAGGAGCCAAAGCUCAGACUCCCAUAGAGGAAUUCACUCCCACGCCAGCGUUUCCAGCGCUGCAGUACCUGGAAUCUGUCGAUGAGGGGGGCGUGGCUUGGAGGGCCGGCCUACGGAUGGGGGAUUUCCUCAUCGAGGUGAACGGCCAGAAUGUGGUGAAGGUAGGACACCGACAGGUUGUCAACACCAUCCGUCAAGGCGGCAACAGUCUAAUGGUCAAAGUCGUCAUGGUUGCCAGAAACCCUGAGUUGGAAGAUACGGCUCGUAAAAAAGCCCCUCAGCAGACAAAAAGGUUGACUCCUCCUGCCAUUGCUCUGCGCUCCAAGUCAAUGACAUCAGAGCUGGAAGACAUGGUAAGUAGGGCUUCUGCCUCUCCAUGGAAAAAGAAAGCAGACUACGAUUCCUCUCAGGGUCCUGAUAAGAAGAGGACAGUCUAUCAGAUGGCACUGAAUAAACUGGAUGAAAUCUUGGCCGCAGCCCAGCACAGCAUUACAUCAGACAACCAAGGCCAGAGAGGUCAUGGAGGCAAGAGGGACCGGAGCAAGAGUAUUGUUCCCAAUGUUUCCAAUGAGUCGACGUACGAACUGCAGUCCACGGCAAAUCCCAGACCUGGUUUUACUUACAACCAAGCCCACAUUCAACCAGCACAGCAUGCAGUCAUGAUGCGUCAAAAAUCCAUUGGUAUAACUGAGGAGGAGCGGCAGUACCUUCACCCACCGGCCAUGAAGCUAGCACGUAGCUUGUCCAUGCCAGGACCAGAAGAAAUCCCGCCACCCCCGAAUACUUCUGCACCUGAACCACCGCUAUCCGCUGGCCCUCAUCCAGGAAGGGGGCCAGCCAUGCCCAUUCCCCCUGUAUCGCAAGCCCACUUCCAGCUCCAAUCAGGCCAUCCCAAUCAAUCAGGUUGGGAAAGAGGAGGUGGGAUGAACCAGCAAGUCAUGGUCUCUACGCUCCGAAGACAAUCAGAAGGAAUUUGUGCCAGGGAGCAAGAGGCACCUAGGCGAGGGGGUGGCAAGAUGGGAGGGUUACGAAGAGGCUACAGCAGUGCUACACCACCAACAAGUGCAAAACCAAAAACCCAACAAAAUGUGCCUCAUCAUCCACAUAUAACCACUCGAGAGCAAAGCGGAGGCACCGGCAGGGGCGCAGCCCGGAGGGGAGGUCGGGGCGCGCUGACUAAACAGUCGAAAGUUGAGGAAGGACUGCGACAGCAUCGAGGGAAAGGUGGUGCAGCCAAAGAGAAGACCUCCAUCCCCAUCCCAACCAUCAUCAUCAAAGCACCCUCCACCAGCAGCAGUGGUCGAAGCAGCCAGGGUAGUAGCAUGGAGGCCGAAGUGCCACAGGAUGGAGAGGACCAAACCUCUGCUCAACCAUCUCUGGAAAGCCCUAAUUCCCCCCUACCUUCACCUCUCACCUCAACUCCACCUCAACCGCCGACAUCCACCUCCUUGCCUCAAUCAGUUGCCGCUCCUCCGGUUUCUUUGAAGCAAAACCUGGAGAACGUAGACUACUCCUCAACAUUUGGUACAACUUUUGGAGGAGGAGGAGGGGCACGUAGGGAGAGGGAACGUUUCCGUGACAUGAGGAGAAAGAGCGCUUCGUUUUUCCUUUCAACUGAAGAGGACAUCCAGGGUGAGGCAGGUGGAGGAGUAGGGGAGGGAGGUGAAGCACUAAAUGCGAGAAUUCAGCCAUUACAGAACUCACAAAUGGAAGUACCAACUCCUCGACUGCGGCCCUCCAAGUCCAUAGACGAGGGCAUGUUUUCUGGAGACAAUUAUGUCCACUAUUCCAGCAGCAUGCCUCCAGCCUUUGGCCUCCCUGAGUACUCGUCUCCUGUCCUCAGUCAGGACGGUCAACCCAAGUCAGCACCGUCAAUGUAUGGCUCGCAGCCAGCGACAACUUUCAUCCACCCACUCACAGGUAAGGUUCUAGAUCCCUCAUCUCCACUAGGACUUGCCCUUGCUGCUAGGGAGAGAGCCCUCAAGGAUGACCGCAGAACUCGACGAGAGGAGAGACACUUUGGCCGACAGCUGUCCACUGUGGGAGCCUUUACUACCCCUACCCAGACCCCAACACCGUCUCUUUUUGCGACCCCAACACAAUCAACUUACACAUCACCGGUUUCCCUUCACCUUACCUCUCCUACCGCUACCACCUCACCCGCAUCUCAAAGUCGGCCUCAGUCUCCAAGGAUCCUACGCAUGGGGGGUGGAGGGGAUAGGAUGGAGCGAGACAAGGAUGUAGGACAUAGAGAAGGUCUUAGAGUUCGUUUCUCAGAAGACAGAGACAGCCAAUAUUCAAGCCACUAUUACCCCAGGGAGAGAGAAAAGGAGGCUCAUGAUGGCAGGCCCGUACAACCACCGCCACCCCCAACUCAGCCCGCUCCCCGCAGGCCUUCCUUUCUGCAAAUGGAAAGCACUCCGAACACCAGCUACAUCCCACAGUACACGCUCCCUACAUCACCUGAUGCGACGGUAGAAGCGAAAGCAGAAAAUCUGGGAAUGAUGGUUCUUCCCCCACCAGCUCCCUCAAUAGAUGUAGAUGAGGAGUUUGUUUUUGCUGACCCUUUGCCACCACCGUUACAGUUUGCCAAUGGUAAGAAUGAAAGGGUGAGAGACUACCACCAGCAUGACCAACAUGUGAAUCAACGAUCCACUGCUGCUCCGCCACCGCCUCCUUUACCAUCUCCAAAGACUCCAAAUGUUCCUCAAACCUCCUCACAGGGUGGCGACUCCGCCACAUCUAGCCUUACCUCCUACGACAGCGAGGUGGCAACCCUGACACAGUCCGCUCUCUCGCCAUCCUUACCAUCUCCUGCUCUCCCUGCCACAAACCUACACAGACCCCAACCCAUGUCCCAUUCGCAUUCCUAUUACAGUGCCUCCAAUGACCCACUGGGAGACCGCGAUGCCACAGCUCACGACAGAGGCACAGCCGCCCUCACCACGACCAUGACUUAUGCCACCCCUACUAUGACAGCCAGCGCGGCCGCCACAACCACCACGACUUCUACGGCUUCCGACUACAGCACGACUGUGGGAGGAACCAAGCCAGGAUCUUUUAGCACAGGGGGCAGGGUUCCGAACCACAUUAACCAUCCCGCUAAUGUACCUAAGAGUGGAGAAUGGCAAGAUCCUGUGGUGGAUUCUGGCAUUGAGGAGCUGGACAGUCACAGCAGCAGUGACCAUCACAUCGAAAUGUUGGGAUUGAGUGGGCUAAGAGGAGAUAAGAUUGGCAUUGGAGGAGAUGGCUCUUGCGGUGAGGCUCGAAAAGGAGCCACACACCACGACCCUUCUUCAGCUUACACGGGCGGGCAAAUGUUUAAUGUACAGAAUGUCAAAUUGGCAAACCCUGGAUUUCCAAAGAUGACGCAUCAUAAGGAGGGGCCAGGUAGGGUCCUGCCUGUUGCACUAAGAAGGCAAAACAGCACACACCCUGCCCCUUUACAACUGCAUAGACAAAGCAUCACAGACAACAUCAGGUUAGAUGGAGCCCUACCUGAUGAAAGAAAAAUUUUGCCAAGUAGACCCAAAAUGGAGGACGACUUCAGCGCUACAUUGGCGGCCUGCUUAGACAGGCCUGUUGAAGCUCGGCCAACAGGCUGGGGGGAAGUCGGGGAGCAAGAGCAGCUCCAGAGAGCUUUGGAUGCACGCAGGAUUCACUCACCCCUCUCUGGUGUAAAGGCCAGCAUCAUCAAUGAGCUGAGCUCCAAGCUUCACCAAAUGAGUAGCAUGAGGAGCAUGGACGACUGGAGCCAAGCCCCAAAAUCACCCACCAUGCACAGGUAUUCCGCAGAUUUUACCGACGCUUUCCACAGCCCUCCUACCGGCCGCUCCACUUCACCUUUACCCACUUCCUCUCCUCAUCACCAUCAAGUACUCCCACCCAGUCUCUCGGCCACUCCCUCCGUAUCCCAUUCCCCGCAGGUACCGCAACAACGCAAUUGGACCCGUUCCCCUUCCCCACAGAUGCCUACCUCCCCGGUCCACUCACAUCCGCCCCACUCACCGACCUACUGCCCGUACCCGACGUCGCCUAAGCAUCGUUCCAAAAUGCGGCGACAGACUUUCGAUUUCCAGUGCAGUCCUACCAAGGAGAUGCGAUCAGCUGUUUCCCGACGCCGUGCCCCAAGUCCCCUCAUUUAUAACACCGAACAGCCCAACUCCACCCCUCCGCGACCGUCGUCCUUACCUAUCCUUCCUAGUACACCAGUUUACAGUAACCCCUUUGAAUUCCCAGGACCCCUCACCCCUCCAUCUCCCGGCCUACCUCUCGGAGACACCUACACGGCCUCAACACCUCCACUUUUCUCCCCAUCCAACGCACCCAGUCCUAACCCCUUACUAGUUUCGCGCUCUCUCUCUCCUACUCAUUAUCUUUCUGGGGCCUCCUCCCCAUUGCACUUACCCCCAAGCCCGUCCUGUCUUAACUUCCCUCAUUUUACCCCUCCCCCGCCAUCCAAACCCUUCGCUCUCAAACCGCUCCCCUACUGGACCAAGUACGACGUAGCCGACUGGUUAGCUUACCUGAACCUGGGCGAACACAUAGAGCGUUUUAUCGAUAACGAAAUAGAUGGAUCUCAUUUGCCUUCGCUUACCAAGGACGACUUCUUGGACCUGGGGGUGAGUCGUGUGGGACAUCGAAUGAACAUCGAGAGGGCGCUGAAGAAACUCACUGACAGGUGAGGGAAGACUUACAAGCAGCAGGGUCAUAAAUGGACAAAAACGAAGGAGUAAAUCCUUACGGAACACUCGGAUUCCCACUUUUCUUUAUCAGUGGCAUACAAUCUGGAAAUCGAAAUGAUCUUUACUCAAUUCUUCUCCCCACAAGUAUAACUUUAUCCGGCUUUAGUUUUCCUUCUGCAUUGAUUUGCCCUCCUCUCUCCAGGCCUUUGCAUGUCACUACUGCCCGCACAGACAGACUGAUGGAGAGUGUUGGAGUGAUUGAAAAAUUGACAAAAAAAACUUGUGAGAACACAUGAUUUGACAAAGGAACAGGAACACAAGAUCGGGAAGAGAAGAGCAGUGGACUUCAACACACUUUCAGGCUGGUUAUUUCGGUAUUUGAUUUGCACAUUAGCGCAAUGAUUUCUGGUUCAAAACAUCAUUGGCUGCCAUCGACGGGAACGACAUAUUCCAGUGCCAUUGACGCCGAUACACAUCCAGUAAAUUUGAACUUUUUCAAAUGAAUUGGACGACUACCAAUGGCGGUUUUAGUACCGUACUAACAUGUGCCAGAUUGUAAAAGUUGUAAAGAAAAUGUCCCUGACGAAUGGCAGCCAAUAUGUUAACAGACAGUAGAACACAAACACUCAAGGACAGAGUAAAUGGCAGUCUGACUUUAAAAAUAUGUUACAGGGAAAACACCACUAAAAUGUUGCCAGGAACACAAGGACCUCAUCGUGACAUCACUUUGCUAUUAUACAAGGUCAGACAACAACGUAAGAGGUUUUUUUUUUUGUAGAUGAAUUAAAAUAAUAUUACUUGUUUUUAUCGAUUUGCCAUGUUGCCCCCAUAAUAAUAAGCUUUGUAUGUGUGUUACGUGCAAGCACUAAGUAUAUAUUAUAUGUUUAAAGGAAUUCACUAUUAGCCGUUAGCUUAAUUCGGAGUGAGGAGAGAAUAUGCUUGUGGAAGACGCUUGAAUUUAUUUUUGAUAGCAAGGAGUGUCAGGGCUAUAUGCUAGAGAUGCGAAGUCGUCAAGUUGCGCGGAAGUUCGGAAUAUAACCAGAAUAAAGUCGUAGCGUCGAAAAAUGUCGGCACUUUAAUGAACAAAAUUUGGGGUUAUAUUUCGACGAUAUCCUCGCACUUUUUCGAAUUGUUGUCAUUUUUUUAAAAAGUGAAGCCCUAAUACUCCAUAGUUGAUAUUCAUAAUUUUGUUAUUUUACACUUUGGACUCAUGUUGAACGGAAGUUUAUCGCUGCCACAACAAGUUAAAAAAAAGUUCUGAUUACGUACAAUUUGAUAAGUUUCUCGUUUUAAUGUUAAAAAAAAAAAAAAGUUUUAUCGUUUUGUUAAAAACUAUAGACAAGUUUCUCGAGCGAAACAUGGGCGGCGCCAUUUUUGACAUUUUCUGCUACGGACUUCUGGUUUAGACAGAACAACACAAAGUGUGGUUGAAGUAAGCAGUGUGUAGACAAUGUUAAAACUGCAAAAUCAAACCAGAGGAGUCCCCGGAAUCUCUAAAAAUGGAUUCAGCAAGACCUAAAUGAAGCGUUCGUUAAUUCUUAUCACUUCGUAGAUCGUUCGUGGACAAAAAUCUAACCAUCCGUGCAGCCUGUGUUAAGAUGAGGUGUAGAUUGAUACGCCAGCUAGUUGACUGGCCAAAAUGAGGCAAAAUUACAAAUAUUACAGUUGCCGAAUGCAGAAGGGCUGACAGAUUUUGUUGUUACAAGGAAAUAAUACAAGGAAUUGUUCAUCUGGUUAAAUUAUAGUUUUGGUACCACACAUGUACAUAUAAACACAAAUAGUAUGUCAUUCUUUUUUAUUGCAGAUAUUGAUCGCAAAAAAACAUGAUUCCAUUUCUUGUUUUAAAACGAUUGGUGCAUGUAGAAAACAGGUCAAUGAAUUACAAUUUACAAAAUUAUUAGAAAAAUAUUAAGGAAUGUGGAGCAUAAGUCGAGCCGCCCGUCAUCAAAGUAGAACAUAGCCUUGCUAUAUGUCCAUCAACGUACAAUAAGUGUUGUUGUGAGGCACAUUAAGUUGUCUUCCCUUGCCUAACAGCGUUUUGCACCUGUAAACAAACGAACAAAAAACACUUGCAUUUAUGCGUUUACAUAAUUGUGCCAUCAUACACAUACUGAUUAGCAACAGGCUAGCAGCAGAUAGCAUGUGUUGCUGCCACAGCAGUACAGUAGUUGUAGUAAAUAAUAUUUUACUUUUAUUAAACUUUAAUAUUAAACAUCAUCGUAAUAACAAUAUCAAAGACGACAAGUCGUUUCAUGCGCAAGAUUUUAGCUUAGUAUAUUUUGAGCACCGGACACAUUAAAAUGCAGGGAUGGGAAGAACAUACCUUCCAUAACACAGCGGCAACAUUGCUACAUUAACACCCGGUCUUUGUGGUGGCACGGGCUUGGUUCCACAUCACAUCUGAACAUGUUGUCCUCCCAUGUCGUGUAACGUGAUGAUGGCAGAUGGAUGCGGCAUUUCCUAAUUAUCUUUUUUGAGGGAUUCUGUUGACUGAUACCAGUCCAGCUCCACUGUUGUUUACGUUAGAGAAAGUGUAAAACGGAAGUCACGAGCAGAAAUGCAGAUACGUCGGAAACCUGUCUAUAUUUUUCUGGUUAUAAAGUGCAACACCAAUGAACGAGUUUUUCUAUGAAGCGCACCAGAUUAUGAGGUGCAUAAAUGUGCUGCAUUUGUUCUUGAUCUUUUAACAUUGUAAUGACGGUUUUACACAAAAGUAUGUGUUGUGCUAUUUAGUAAAAGAGGAAAAUUGAUAUUGAAUACGUCUAUUGAUGGCAAUAGAGGUCCAAAAAAGAUUUGAUCUUGUGAUGAAUUUCAUGUUUGAGCUUGAAUUUAGCUAAAUUCACAAUGUAGCAUGAUAAAUUUUUCACAUCAUAACAUCAGAAAUUUCAUGCUACGGGAUUAAAACAUGAUCAAUCAAUCAAUUUACUCAAGCUAAUUUUAUGUAGUGCUGAACUUUUUUUGUAUGUGUGGCAGUAAUACACUCCCGUUAUAUUGGAAUACAUCAUUUAUCGUUUUUUUUACUCGGGAAGUCAGAAGUUAAGCCAUUCACUAAGACAGUUCUUCUAAAUUUGAGCACGCUCUGUCAUACUGUAGGUGCCAUGAUCACAAAGGGCUUUUUACUGCUUAAUCUUUUGAACUGCUUCAAUGUGUAUGUCUGCUUCUGUUUGGUUUGGCGACUUCGUUUUAAUGUCUGUUGUUUUUUCUUCCUCUUGAUUUGACUCAUGCAGGUACCUUUACUUGUUGACAAUCCCUUUCCACAUAAUCUGGCCUAGUUGUUUCUUUGUUAAAUCUGGACUAUUCUGUCAUUAUUUGACGAUUUAAUUAUGGGAAAAUCUGCCUUUUUUUCUCCUCAUAAGAUUACUUAUUAUCCUGACAAAACAUGUUUUUGGCAUUGGAAUAAGUCCAUUUUAUGUUAUAGUGCUGUACGAUAUGACGAUAUGUGUUGCAAAAGCUUUCGACAUUUUACAGGUUAUCGCCAUAAAUUGACCUGUUGCUGCAAUGAACAUUUUGCCCAGCAGACGGCGCCCUUGUUCAUGCCGACUUGCUACAUUGAUGGGAUUUCAUUCGCCAUAGUAGUACCAAAAAUUGGCCUCAAGAUGUGUCUAUCGCCACUUAACAGUUUGCCAUUUGGCUCUCUCUGCCAACCGUAUGUGAGUAAUGCAUCCAAAACAAUGGUAAAUACCAAUACAGUGAUCCCUCGUUUUUCACAGUUAAUGUGGACCAGAACCUGCCACGAUAAGUGAAAAACUGCAAAGUAGUGCACCCCCAAAGUAUAAUUAAAAAAAAAAAGUAUACAGUGGGGAGAACAAGUAUUUGAUACACUGCCGAUUUUUCUGGUUUUCCCACUUGCAAGCCAUGUAUAGGUCUGUAAUUUGAAUCAUAAGUUCUCUUCAACUGUGAGGGACGGAAUCGAAUACAAAAAAACUGAAAAUCAUGUUGUAUGAUUUUUAUAUAAUAAAUUUGCAUUUAAUUGCAUGAAAUAAGUAUUUGAUACAUUACAAAAAUCGAGCAUAGAUCCGAGUUUAGACCAAAAAGUUCAAUUUUGGUCUCAUCCGACCACAUGACCUUCUCCCAUUGCUCCUCUGGAUCAUCCAGACAGUCAGUGGCAAACUUCAGACGUGUCUGGACAUGCACUGGCUUCAGCAGCGGGACCUUGCGUACGCUGUAGGAUUUUAAUCCAUGACGGCGUAAUGUGUUUCCGAUGGUUUUCUUCGAGACUGUGGUUCCGGCUCGCUUCAGGUCAUUGACCAGGUCCUGCCGUGUAGUUCUGGACUGAUCCCUCACCUUCCUCAUGAUCAGUGAUGCCCCACGAGGUGAGAUCUUGCAUGGAGCCCCAGAACGAGGCAGAUCGACCGUCAACUUGAACUUCUUCCAUUUUCUAAUAAUCGCUCCAACAGUUGUUACCUUCUCACCAAGCUGCUUGCUUAUUUUCCUGUAGCCCAUCCCAGCCUUGUGCAGGUCUAUUAUUUUAUCCCUGAUGUCCUUACACAGCUCUUUGGUUCUUGGCCAUUGUGGAGAGGUUGGAGUUUGUUUGUUUGAGCAUGUGAACAGGUGUCUUUUAUACAGGUAACAAGUUCAGACAGGUGCAGUUACUUCCGGUAAUGAGUGGAGAACAGGAGGGGUUCUUAAAAAAGAACUGAGAGCCGAAAUAUUUACUAGUUGGUAAUGUAUCAAAUACUUAUUUCAUGCAGUUAAAUACAAAUUUAUUAUUUUAAAAUUAUACAAUGUGAUUUUCUGGAUUUUUGUAUUAGAUUCCGUCCCUCACAGUUGAAGAGAACU